CGCUUAAAGUACCCAUCCCUGUGCGAAAUACACAAAGCAAAAGUGAAAAACGCAUACAAAAAUAAUAAAAGUUCAAUUAAAAAUUGCAUCUUUACGUUGCACUGUUGAAUAAACAUUAAUAGGCGUACACAGUAUAUGAAAAGUGCCGCAGAUCAAUCGAAAUUACAAAUUGUAUUCAAAGCAUCAAAUAUAAAUACCACAGCAGCCAUUCAAAAUGGCCACCAGCGAGAUUUCUAGCUCCAAUGAGCGGCACUACUACGCCAAGCUGGAGGCAAUCAAGGAUAUACGGGACAAGACCUUGGCCCUGGAGAAACUAAAGGUGCGCAUUAUUAAGGAGGUGAAGUUAAGCGACGACGAGGAGAAAUGUCUGGACGAAUAUCGCAAGGAAAUGGAGCAUCUUUUGGAGGAGAAGAUGUCGCACGUGGAGGAGCUCCGCCAGAUACACGCAGAUAUCAACGACAUGGAGAACAUCAUUAAGCAGACGAAGGAGAAUCAAACGCGUUCCUUUGAUAUGGCCAAUCGCGUGUACGAAGAAUACCUCGCUCUCAAAUAUCAAAUCGACCACAUGCGGCGCGACUAUUUGGGCCUCAGUCCACUCCGUGACCUACACGAAGAAGAAGGCAGCCCCAUAUCAAAGGAUCGCUUUCAGACAAAUUUUCUUAAAGUCGCCGCACAAUCGGCGGCCGUGGCAGCAGCUGCAGCCGCAGCGGCCGCCGUCACACAGCCCACAUCCCUAGCGAGACCCCAUGCACGGCAUCCGCUAAUGGCCGAGGCCACCGUGACAGCAUUACCGCCGAAUUCUGCCAGCGGCGGUGGGGGCGGUGGCUCAACUGUGCCUAGUGGUGGUGGUGGUGGGCCGGGGCAUGCGUUUAUGCCACCUGCACCGCCAGGAGCACCAGGCAGCGCUGGCGCUGCCGCAGCUGCAGCCGUGGCUGCAGCUCGUCUGGGCAAGAGCGACUUUUCGGCACCGCCACCGCCGCCGCCGACCACAAAUCGGCUGCAGCAGUCACCAUCCAUUGGGAUUGGACACCAUCCAUCUUUUCGCUCCGACUUCAACGUGAACCUGAGGCAACAGCCGCCCCCAAUGAAGUCCUGCUUGUCCUGCCAUCAGCAGAUUCAUCGCAACGCGCCCAUUUGUCCGCUCUGUAAGGCCAAGUCGCGUUCACGUAAUCCCAAGAAGCCCAAAAAGAAAAAUAACUAAUUGCCAAUGCUCCCAUCAUUUACAUUUUAUGUGUUCCAUCAA